CUUAUCUUUUUUUUUGCUACCAAAUGUCAUAAUAAAAUUGAUUUUACGGAAAGUUUGGGAGUUAUUUUGAUUGAAACGUUCAAUAAAGAAGAAGCAAGUCACUGAAAAAUAGUUUUUGAAGAUGAAAUUUGUGUUUUUACUGUGGAUUUUGGUCCCGAUAGUCGUGGGAGUUGCUGAUAAAAAGAGGGUUCAAUUUAAAACGGAUAUUUUUAAGACUCAAUUUGGAGUCACAAGACUUCAACAUUCCUUCGGAAAACAUGUAGAAGGCGAAAACUUGGUCGGCUUCGAAGCACGCACCAUCAACUACCCCCAAGACCGCAACGUCGUCUUAACCGUAAACUACCCGCAACCCGGUAUCGAAGGAAAACGCGUCACCGCCAUCAUCAUUUACGUGAAUCAAACCUCCACGAUGGGCAAGGCGUUCAUGCUCGAUGGCGGCUGGGACAAAAUCCACGCAAAAUUCUACGUGGAAGCCAACUACACCAACCUCUUCGACUACGACUACAAAAUUUACGGCGUCGACGACGACGCCCCCAACUUAAUUGAUGAAUAAAAAAAAAAUUCUCACCUGUGUGAACUCGCAUGUGAACCAACAAAUUAUAGGCGCGAUGAAA